AUGGCGGAGGCAAUGGCGGAGGCAAUGGCGGAGGCAACGGCGGAGGCAACAGCACAGCUGGCCCCUUACCAGAAUCUUGUGACUUUACAGGAUGUGUACAUUUCCUUCACCCCAGAGCAAUGGAUGCUACUUGAUGAGGGUCAGAAACGCCUGUACUAUUCCGUGAUGCUGGAGAACUUUCUAACCGCAUCGUCAGUGGGACUUACAAUUUGCAGACACUCUCUAAUUACCGAACCUGGGCCAGUGAGACAACCCAGUGUUCCUCACGAGGUGGACGUAUCUUUUGCGGGGACAAACAUGCAACAAGGGAGCUCUGGUCCUGGUGGUGGGAAGAGAGUGAAUGAUGAAAAUGCGUCUUCUGAGAGGGCUGUCUCUGUUAGAGUGUCACAGGUGAGAACUCUCCAGGUGGGUCUGUCCAACCAAAAGAGCCACCAAUGUGACAUGUGUGACCCUGUCUUGAAAGACAUUUUGCAUCUGGCUGGGCAGCAGGGAACAUCCCCUGGGCAGCAGUUAUACCCAUGUAAGUCAUGUGGAAGAGCCUUCUGGUUCAGUGUAAACCCUGACCAAGUCCCAAGAAGGCAGAGUGGAGAGAGAUCUGGUCGAAUGAAUAAUGACCAGGCCCAGUUUGUUAUGAGCAGCAGAGGCCCCGUGUCAGAGGCCUUCACUGACAGAAACGGUGGGGAGGACUUCUCUGCCAGCUCUGGACUUGUCCAGCACCAUGCUACUCAGAAUGCAGAGAGGCCAUGCCAGAGCACUGAGUGUGAGGAGGCCUCUCACACUGAACAAAGAGAGUACAAUUGCAGUAAAUGUGGCAAAUUCUUUAGCGACCAGUGCUUCUUUAUAUUACACCAGAAAUCUCACAACAAAACAACAUUUUAUCAGUGUGUUGACUGUGGGAAAUUGUUUCAUUGUAGCUCCAAACUUGAAGAACACCUGAAAAUUCACAUGGAAAUAUUAAGGCCUUAUGUAUGUGCUGAAUGUGGGAAAUCCUUUCGUACUAAUUCCUACCUUAUGCAGCACCAGAAAACUCACACUGGAGCAAAACCUUAUGAGUGCAGUAUAUGUCAGAAAGCCUUCACCCGCAAACACACACUCACUCAGCAUGAGAAAAUUCACAGUGGAGAAAAGCCUUAUUCUUGCAACAGAUGUGGGAAAGCCUUUUUCUCUAAAUAUGUACUUACUGAUCACCAGAGAGUCCACACUGGAGAAAAGUUUUAUGAGUGCGAUGAAUGUGGGAAAUUCUUUAGCUCCAGGACCUCCGUUAAAGUACAUAAGAGGCUUCACAGUGGAACCAGGCCUUAUGUGUGCAAUGAAUGUGGAAAAACCUACAUCGCUAAUGGUCACCUUAUUCAACACAAGAAAACUCAUGCCAGAUCAAGGCCUAGUCGUGAACAGAAUGUGGAAAAUUCUGCAAUGGAGACUUCAGCCUCAUUGCACACCAGCAAUGAAACACUGGAUUAA